AAUAUAGACAUGAAUACAGGAUCAAUGUCAUCAGUGUCAUUAACAUAAUUAAUGAGGUGGCUACAACGUGCUGUUAUUGUCACUACAAACAGCCAAUCAGAUUGCACUAUACACCGUUUUCUCAGAGGUUCGCAGUCCUCUUUAUAUACCCUGGACAUCUACAUUGAAUUCAUCAUUCUACUGAGAAACCAAUUUUAGUAAUCAUGACUGGUAGAGGCAAAGGAGGCAAAGGUCUAGGAAAAGGAGGCGCCAAGCGUCAUCGUAAGAUCCUUCGGGAUAACAUCCAGGGUAUCACCAAGCCCGCCAUYCGUCGUCUUGCUCGCCGUGGUGGAGUCAAGCGUAUUUCUGGCUUGAUCUACGAAGAGACCCGUGGCGUCCUUAAAGUCUUCCUUGAGAACGUGAUCCGUGAUGCUGUUACCUACACCGAGCACGCCAAGAGAAAGACCGUCACUGCCAUGGACGUCGUGUACGCUCUGAAACGCCAAGGACGUACCCUGUACGGAUUUGGUGGUUAGAUGAUUUGAUCAUCUCAUAAAAACAACGGCUCUUUUAGGAGCCACCACAUGAUAUAAAGUCAAUCACAUUUUGCUAAAAUAAAGCAGAGAGAAUAUGAUGUUACUUUAAACUUCGUCUCAUAAAAACAACGGCUCUUUUACAUGACAUAAAGUCCAUGAUAUUUUGCUAAAAUAAAGCAGAGAAUAUGAUGUUACUUUAAACUUAGUAAGCAAAGAAAUGAUACUACGAGAUAUAAGUU